AUGUCCAUCCGUCUGUUGAAGAACUCUGUGUCGAGACGCGCACUGCUGUCCACUAGGCUGUACCAUCCAAAUCCAAUUGAGUACGCGAACUCCACUGUUGUGGCACCCUUGACGUACACAAUGGAUUCCCCACAGUCUAGGAUCCUGACACACUGUCUGCAGAACGAGGUACCACACUGGGGGUUUACUGAGCGUGCGUUGCUGAAGUCGAUCCAGGCGGUCGGCUACGAUUCCUCGAUGAUGAGCGUGCUGGGCGCCUCAAACUCACCCUCUAUCUUCCACUCGUCCCCCGCGGUCAUGGAACUUGUCAAGUUCAAUCUUGUCAAGAAGAGACACGCGCUGACGGAAUCUCUGGCCGCGGCUGGGCUUGGGUCCCCCGCGGCUUUACCCUCGCUGGAACACCUGCUUGUAAAGAGGCUGCAGAUGGAUGUCCCGCUAUCAAAACAACUAGGUGACCUGUUUACGCAGUUGGCAUUGCCGAGCCAGUUUAUGGUCAAUGUCGCCGUUCCAGAACUGUUCAGACUCUCCGAUGACAUGAUAUACUUCUCCAACGAGAAGGAUCAUUUCGACACGGCGUGGUACUCGAAACGGCUCGGUGUCAGCCUCGCUUACACUACAAGCAAACUGUUCAUGGCCCAGGACAACUCGCUAAACUGCCAGGACACAAUAGAGUUUGCCAGGGACAAACUGCACCGCAUUAUGACGCUCGGCGAGUACUACAAUAACGUUGAAGAGUACGCCUGGUACUCAAUCAUGACCACGGUAAACCGCGCAAAGGCUGGCUUUUCGAGACACUAA